UUGGGUUUACUUAUCAAUAUAUUCACGGAUAAGAAGUUGCAGGUUCAAGUUCCUCAGGUCAACCGUAACGGUUAUACUUACGUUCCUUCUGCUCCUCAUCCAGAAGAUUACGAUGAACUUACAGAUCCUACCACUUAUUUCGAGAAAAGUCGAAUCAAGCAGCUGCAAGAUGAACGUGUACAUAUUCAGAAGAAAACUUUUACAAAAUGGUGCAAUUCGUUUUUAAACAGGAUCAAAAUGGAGAUUGAUGAUUUGUUUGUUGAUGUCGGUGAUGGUGUCAUCCUAAUGAAACUCUUAGAAAUUAUUUCGGGUGAUAAACUAGGGAAACCGAAUCGCGGUCCAAUGCGUGUUCAAAAAAUUGAAAAUUUGAACAAAUCUUUGGAUUUUUUAAAAAGGAAGAACAUUCAGCUAGAGAAUAUUGGAGCGGAAGAUAUCUUAGACAAGAACGAACGACUUAUUCUUGGUCUUAUUUGGACUAUUAUUCUUCGCUAUCAGAUAGACAACAUCUCAAUUCCUGUCGAUGAUGAAGAGGAAACCGGUGAAAGGAAACAUGCUAAAGAUGCAUUAUUAUUGUGGUGUCAGAGAAAAACUGCGGGAUAUCAGAAUGUUAAAGUUGAGAAUUUUACCACGUCUUGGAGGAAUGGACUAGCUUUCAACGCUUUAAUUCAUGCUCAUAGACCAGAUUUAAUUGACUACGAGAGUCUUUCUGCUCAAGAUCCUGUGCGUAAUUUGAACAACGCUUUUGAUGUUGCUGAAAGGGAGUUUGAAAUCGCUCGUUUACUUGAUGCUGAGGACGUAAAUGUUGUUCAUCCUGAUGAGAAGUCUAUUAUAACAUACGUUUCGCUAUAUUAUCAUUACUUUGCGAAACAAAAGAGUGAAAUGACAGGGGCUAGACGUGUUGCUAAGAUUGUUUGCGGAUUAAUGGCAGUCGAUCGACUGCAAGAAGAGUUUGAGUCGCUUUGUUCAGAUCUUCUUCAGUGGGUCCAUAAGACCAUAACGAAUUUAAGCGAUCGACAUUUUCCUAAUUCUCAAAAAGGAGUUCAGGACUUAUUCAUUCAGUUUAAAAACUAUCGGACUAUUGAGAAGCCGCCAAAAUACAAAGAAAAGGGUGACUUAGAGGCUCUUUUCUUUACCAUACAAACGAAACGUAAAGCUAUGCGUCGUAAACCGUAUUGCCCACCACAAGGUUUAUUACUGCACGAUGUUGAAACGGCUUGGGCACUGCUUGACCAUUCCGAAAGUGAUCGGCAGCUGGCACUUACUGCAGAAUUACAGAGGCAGGAACGUUUAGAAUUAAAAGCAAAAAAAUUUGACGGUAAGGCAAAAUUACGCGAGUCUUGGUUACGAGAAAUGAACGGUAUUAUACAAGAUUUUGAAUUUGGAAAGACUGCUGCACAGGUAGAAGCGGCUUUGAAGAAACAGCAAGCGAUUGCAGCCGACAUCCUGCCUAGGGAAGUUCGGUUCAAAUCCCUGACUGCUAUGGCAAACGAACUGAGUAAGGAAAAUUAUCAUGAUGCCGACCGCAUAAAGGUUCGAGAGCGCGAGAUUUUGGAGAAGUGGAGUCAGUUGCUAAGUGCUUUGGAAGCUCGUCGUGUCGCAAUUGUAUCUUUAAAUGAUCUCAUGGAAUUACUCCGGGACAUUGAUGCUUUAACUUCUGAAAUGAGGCUUCUUGAGCCUCAGUUUUUGAAUCGUGAUGCAGGGAAGCACUUGCUGGGAGUCGAAGACCUCUUGCAAAAACAAGAAAUUUUAGAAGCUCAAUUAAAUUCUCAAGGUGAAUUGUUGAAGAACAUAGGUAUUCGUGCACGGUCGUACAUAAGGCAAGAAGGUGAACAGUAUGAUGUUCUGCAACGAAAGCUUGACGAUGCGAAAGCGCUUCACGAAAAGCUUAUUGAGUUAUGUAGACAGCGGAGGAUGGACCUUCACCGUGCAAGAAACCUCUAUCGGUUUAUUCAGGACCAUGAAGAGGAAAUGAGCUGGCUUAAGGAGAAGGAAGAGCUUUGCAUUGCGGUCUUGAGUAGCCGGGAUUUAUCAUCGACACCUCAACUCAGCCGGAUUUUCAAAAAUCUUGAAACCGAAAUGCACUCUCAUUGGCAACAGACGAAAGCUGUAAUUGCAGCAGGGGAGAGUUUGAUGGCAAGCGGUUUUAAUAAGGACGAUAUCCAGUCGAGAAUUAAUAAGCUUUACAAUAAGUGGGAGAAACUGAGAAAGAACGCAGAGGCUGUGGGGAAGUGGUUGAGGGAGGCAGAGCAAGCGCAUCAGUAUUUCCAAGAUGCAAAUGAAGCGGAAAGCUGGAUUCGUGAGAAAAUGCCGUUGGUGAAGAGUGAUGAUUACGGGAGGGAUGAGCAAGCUUCGGAAAAUUUACUUUCCAGACACAUUCGUCUAGAGGAAGAAAUACGUGCUUAUCAUUCGGACAUUAUUCGACUUGACCAGAUGGCUGAAGAACUUGUGAAUUCUGAAUUUAUAAAUACUCCGGCUGUACAUGUUCAGGAAGAGACUGAGGAGCUUCUGGUGCCACAGAUUCGGAUGCUUUAUCCAUACUCGGGAAAUAAUAUAUCUGUUGUAAAAGAUGAGAUGUUAGCAUUGAUUGAAAAAACCAACAAUGACUGGUGGAUGGUGCUGAAAGAAGAUGGCAAAGAAGGUUAUGUUCCAGCCGUUUACUGUCGAGAAAUUGAAGGUGAAGUAAUUACAGUAGCACAGAAAGUGACUACUAAGAAAACUAGGCGUGAACCACAGGACUCUAAAAGGGAAAUUUUGGAGAGGCAGAAGGCCAUCAAUACCGAUUAUUCUAAACUUAAUAACAUGGCGGAAGUUCGGCGCCGCCUACUUAGUGAUAUGGUCAAAUUAUACCGGUUUCUUAGAGAGUGUGAUCAGUUUGAGACUUGGGCGAAAGAUACAGAAGCUGCGCUUGUUGAAAAGGCGUCAUCUGAAAAUGUCAAGGCGUCGAGGAUGAGAUUUGACAAACUGGAUAGUGAAAUUAAAGCUCAAGGUGAAACGCAGCUGAAAAGAAUUAACAAUAUGGCAGAUGACUUGGUAAAUGAAGGUCAUAGUCACUCUGAUGAAAUUCGCCAUCGGCAAGAAAACGCCAAUCUUUUAUGGAGGCAUCUGUUAAGUCUUCGCAAAGGGAAGGAACGGAAAAAAGCUGCGGAGAAAGUGGACGAUUUUAAUAAAAUAUGUGAAGAAACUAGAGAAAUUGAUAUGAAGGAUCCAAAUGCCGUACGCCGUUAUCAGAAUAUAGGAAAAGAUCUUCGACCACUCGAAGAGAAAAUAGAUUACCUGAAAAAAUUGGCAGAAGAGGUUAAAAAAGAACAUCCCGAGGAAGCGGCGAAAAUAGAAGCAUUAAUCAGAGAUCUUGUUGCUAUGCAUUCAGAUUUACAGAAGAAGGCCAUAACUAAACUUGAAGAAGCUGAACAAACUCAAGGACAGCAGAUGUUUGAUGACGCGUACAGGAAACUGCAGACGUGGAUUGAUAGCACCAAAGCCAUUCUGGAAGAAUAUCCUCGUCCCGUUGACGUUGCAUCCGCAGAAGACCUUCUGAAAAAACACAGGGAGUUAAAGGAUGAUAUUGAUGGGAAGAAGUACGAUUUUGAUUAUGUUCGAGACUUGGCUGAAAGGUUGCUUCAGAGAAAUCGAAAUUUGCCGGAAUGGGCUGAGAAGGAGCGUUACUUAAAUGAAAUGCUCGAUUUACAACUAUUUAACACUGAGGCAGAAAGGAUUGAUGCAGCCACAAAAGGACACGAAGCAUUUUUGGAGAUUACGAAUCUUGGAGACUCGGUGGAAUCUGUGGAGAACUUAUUAAAGCGACAUGGUGAUUUUGAAGCGAAGUUGAGAGCUCAAGAUGAGAGGCUGAAGGCGUUUGCUAAGACGGCCGAUCAGAUGAUCCAGGCGGGACAUAGGGAAUCUCCCAGUAUAAAACAACGACUUAAUGAAGUUAUUGGAAGGAGAGCGUCUGUUCAUGAUGCAGCGGCAAGAAGACGAAAACAGCUUGAAGCAUCUUUUGAAUACCAAGAUUUGAGGAGAGACGCAUCUGAGUUAAAUCAAUGGAUUGCAGAUAAGAUGAAGGCAUCGAAUGAUGACGCACAUAAAGAUAUAGCGUCACUGCCGAUGAGGAAAUUGAAGCAUGAUGCAUUUCUGGCAGAAAUCAAAGCAAACAUGCCUCGGGUCGAACAUAUUAAUAAAGUUGGCGGUGACCUCAUAGCUAAACAGCAUUACGAAUCACCGGCCAUCAAAAGACUACUUGAUGACUUAAAUAAAAAUUGGGAUGCUCUUUGCACUGCAGCUGAUGCUAAAGGAGAACGUUUGGAGCAGGCUGCACAACAAAAGGCUCUAAACUCGGCGUUUGAUGACAUGCAUCUUCGUCUUGAUGAAAUUGAGAAUGUUCUCAAGUCUCAGGACCUUGGUUCUGACUUGCGCGGAGUUAAGGAUUUACUUCUUAAACACGGUUUUACUGAACAAGAGUUAGCGUUGUUUGAAAAGCGUAUUAACGAAUUACGUGCAAAGGCAGAUCAGAUGAUUAGAGACGGUCAUCCUGAAGCAGCCAACAUAAAAAAAGAGCUUCAGAAACUCAUUAACAGGUUUAACGACAUGAAGAGGCCUGCAGAGCUGCGUCACUCGGCUCUGGAAGAGAGUUUGAAAUGGCAUAAACUCUCAUUCGAUAUCGAUUGCGAAUUGCAGUGGAUAUCAGAAAAAGAACCUAUUGCAGCUUCAAAAGAUUCUGGAAGGUCUCUGACUGAAGUCACAAAUAUUUUGAAAAAACACGACCAACUUGCUACGGAAGUGAACUCGCAUACCCCUAUAAUUGAUGCAGCUUUGAAGAGGGGUAGAGACUUAAUAAAGGAAAAACAUUACGCAAAGAAAGAAAUACAAGAGAAGUGCAAAUUAUUGUCAUCCGCAUGGAAUAACCUGGGUGAUCUGUUACGCGAACGGAAGAUUUUGUUGGAUUGGGCACUGAAAGAAGAACGAUAUCUUUUUGAUGCCCUAGAGGUUGAGUCUUGGAUGAACGAAAAAAGACCGUUGCUUUCAUCUUUGGAUUAUGGACAAGAUGAGGAUGCUGCAUUGAAGCUUCUGGCUAAACACAAAGCGCUACAGGCCGACAUGGGAACGUACAGAAAGUGGCUAGACAAGUUGGCCAUAGAAUGUGAGGAAUUGAGGAAUUCGACCCGUUCAAACAAAGAAAGAUUUGAAACGCGGCAAUCUGAACUGGAGGCAGAAUUUGCGUCGUUAAGAAAGAGUGCAGAAGAUCGGAGAUAUCAGUUGGAGAACGCUGCAUUUUUGUAUCAGUACAUGAGAGAAAGUCAAGAUCUUGAGCAAUGGAUAAAUGAACAGCUGCAAGUUGCUAUGAGCGAAGAGUACGGCCAAGAUUAUGAACAUUUGAUUGAACUGAGGAAAAGGUUUGAAGAGUUCAAACAAAGUGUUAAAACAGGUAGUGAGCGAUUUGUGCAUUGCGAAACGACAGCGAAUUCUCUGCUCAAGAGGAGCCCUCCAUUUGCAAGGGAUAUUUUGAAGCGCCAAGAAAAAUUGAGGUCUGUUUGGACGCUCUUGCUGGACUACAUAGAGAGCAGAGACCAAAAGUUGGCUGCUGCCGAAGAAUUACAUCGGUUUAACAGAGAUAUCGCUGAAAGUCAUGAACGUAUUACUGAGAAACGAGCAGAGAUUCCAUCUGAUUUGGGUAAAGAUAUAAAGCAAGUUCAUUCUCUGUGGUUAAAGCAUGAGGCGUUCGAAAAUCAGCUUUCUGAGUUAAUGGAAGAAAGCGCAAGACUGAAGGCUGCUUAUCCGGGCGGCAAUGCAGAACACAUAACAACUCAGCAAAAUGCAUUAGCCGAAGCAUGGCAAGACUUGCAAGAUGCUACAGUGGAAAGGCGUGAUCUGCUCAAAGCGUCCUACGAUUUACACCGGUUUAAUGCUCGAGAUUUGAUUGCUUGGGCAGACGGAGUCAUUUUGGACAUCAAUAGUGAGCAACCAAUACGUGAUCUGCAAGGUGCAGAUUGGCUUCAAAAAGAACAUUUGAGGCUUCAAGCUGAGAUUGAAGCUAGAAAACCUAAUUUUGCUCGAUUAACUCAAAGCGGAGAGGCUAUGAUUGAAAAAGACCAUUAUGCUAGUGCUGAAAUUCGGGAACGGAUAAACCAGGUAGUUCUAUGGCACUCUUUCCAACGGGAAGCCAAGCAGAUUCUUGCUGCUAUUACUGCUAAAAAAAGCACUUUGCGACAAGCAGAGGUCGGAGGCUCAGUCGAUAUGGUAGAAGGCCAAAUUAAAAAGCUUGACACGUUUCAAAAAUCUCUUUCGACUUUGGACAGCCGCGUAGUAGCCCUGCAAAAUACUGCUAAGCAGCUCACUGCAGCGAGAAAUAUGGAGUCUUCGAAAAUACAUCAGUUAAUUAAAGAGGUUGAAGAUGCCCUUUCUGGUUUGUAUCACGAUGUCGACAGGCGUCGAAUAUCUUUGGGUGAUGCACUGAAGCUUGCACGUUUCAAUAGUGAUGCUACAGAAAUGGAGGGUUGGAUUGACGAAAAGAAGAAGCGGAUCCAAAUUGAGACGGAAAGACAGGCUAAAUUAACAAGUAUAGAAGACAAGAUGAAACGUCUUCAGAAACAUCAAGCUCUUGAAGCUGAAUUGGCAGCAAAUGCACCGCGCAUUGAGCAAAUACGCAGAGAUGCUAGAGAGUUAUCUUCAAAAUCUGCUCUUGAUGCGCGAGAUGUAAUUGCACGGUCGGAAGCUGUUUUGAAAAAGUGGGGAGAGCUGGUUACAAUGUCACAAGAGCAAAGUAAUGCUCUCGAGGAAGCCAGGGAUUUACUUAACUUUAACCAGCUGGUUGAGAAGAUUCUUUCUUGGAUUCGAGAAAGAGAACUUUUGGUGAAUGCUGGUGAGAUGGGACGUGAUCUGGAACACUGUCAAAUGUUGAUUGAAAAAGUGGGCGGAAGUAAAGCAGAUGUUAGCGUCGACGAUGCGACUGUGAAACAGGCUAAUGCUCUUGGCGAUAAACUGGUUUCGCAGGGUCGAUCGUCAAAGAAAGCUGUUCAGCAACAACUUUUGGAUCUGAAUAAUGCCUGGAAAGCUUUGCAAGGGAAAUUGAAUGCAUACCGCAAUCAGCUGCAAGCUGCAAUUGAAGUCCAUUCUUUCAAUCGUGAUGUUGAUGAUACCUGUGAGCGUAUACGCGAGAAAGCCGCAUUACUUUCCACUGAUGAUUUGGGCAAAGAUUUGGCUAGCGUGGAGGCAUUGAUAAGAAAACAAGAAGCAAUUGAAAGAGAUAUGACUGUGAUACAGGAGAAGCUGAAAGUUCACGACACUAUUGCACAACAGCUUCUAGCUAAAGAACCACCACUUAAAGAUACCAUGAUAGAUUCAUUAAAGAAGUUGGAAGCUUCUUGGAAAGAACUUGCUCAAAUGGCGGAAAGCAGAAGCGACGCUUUGGCAGCUGCUGGAGAUUUGCAACGUUUUUACGAUGCAGUGCGGAAGACUGAGAAUUGGGUGACAGAAACUCACAGUCAUCUCUCUGUGGAUGAAGUGCCCAAAUCUGUCGCGGAGGCAGAUGCUUUACUAGCCAAACAUAAGGAGAAACUUGCUGAGAUUGAUGGUAGACAGGAGAUGCUCGAAUUGCGAGAAUGGGGUGACAAAUUAAUGAAUGAACAGCCAAACCAUAAAGGGGAAAUUCAACGAACACUUCGACGCUUACAGAAUGUUGAACACCAGCUUAGAGUAGCUGGGGACACUAAAGGUAGGGAGCUGACAAGGGCACGGAACUGGCAGCUGUUUUCAGAACGUGCUAAUCGAGCUGAGCAGUGGCUUGCUUCGAAAGAACUCUUUCUUAAACAGGGUGGUAUGGGAGAGAGCGUUGACGCAGUAGAUGCUCUUCUGAAAAAGCAUACUGAUUUUGAAAAGACUCUUAUGGCGCAGAGCGAAAAGAUUGAUUCAUUGAAAAAGGAUGCUAAUAGUUUAGCUGAGAAAGACAGUGCUAACCGAGUUGAUAUUGAAAACCGUCGAAACGCUAUUUUGAACCGACAUGCUGCGCUUCUUGAGUCUUGCAAACGAAGGUCUGAGCUGCUUUUACAGUGCCGGAGUCUUCAUGAGUUCAUCGACAGUUGUGGGGAAUUAAUGACGUGGACCUCUGCCAGUCUUCAGCUUGCAUACGAUGAAAGCUAUCUAGACCAGACUAAUCUUAAGUCGAAGCUACAGAAGCAUCUUGCGUUUGAAGCAGAAUUAGACGCAAAUGAAGGCAGAGUAAAUGACAUCGUUUCUGAUGGUCAGAAGUUGAUAUCAGCAAAACAUUAUGCGUCGGACAGGAUCUCUCUUCAGAUUGCGGAAGUUAAGGCUGGUUGGGAAGAGCUGAGAAGAAAGUCGGCUUUGAAACGCCAAAGGUUGUUGGAAGCGAAUGAGGCGUAUCAGCUGAGCAGACGUUUAGAAGACCUAGAUAAAUGGCUGGAGAGGGUUGAAUUGGAACUUUCAAGUGAAGAUCACGGAAAGGACUACAAGUCAGUGAAAGCUUUAAUUAAAAAGCAAGACAACCUUGACGCUGAAAUUGCGUCACGUCGUGAUAAUGUAAAGGAGAUUGUUGACAAGGCUCAGUUUUUCGAAAAGAAGGGAUAUACGACAGCGGUGGAAUCCUUGGAGAUGGCAAAAGCAGUAGAGGCACGUUACAACGGUCUGAAAGAACCAUGCCAAAUAAGACGAGAUAACUUGAAAGAAGCACUGGCGUACCAUGAGUGGGCAUCCGAAGUUGAGGAACAUCUUGAAUGGAUUAAUGAUAAAUUAUGCCAGGCAAGGAGUACUGACUACGGCGAUAGCGUACAUUCUGUCCAGUCUUUGACAAAGAAACAUGCCUUACUAGAAGAAGAACUUAAAAGCCGACAGUCUGUUGUCAAGGUUGAGGGCAAAGGUAGGGAAAUGUGCAAAAAUCAUUUCGCUGCAGAGGGAAUCCAAAAACUGCUCGACGAACUCACUUCUUCAAUGCUUACUUUGUGGCAGCUUACACGUGAAAGAUCUCAAAAAUUGGCAGACUCUUUGGACAGUCAGCAGUACUAUGCUGAAGCAAGUGAGGCAGAGCAGUGGAUGAGAGAACGAUUACCGCAAGUCUCAAAUCAAGAUACAGGAAAAGAUCAGUCAGUUGCUGAGAGUCACCUGAGAAAACUGGCUGUACUGGAAAGUGAUAUUGAGAAAUUUGGAAACGAAAUGGAACGGUUGAGGAAGAGUACUGAGGCUAUGUUAGCAAGAGAACACUUUGAUGCGAUAAAUCUUACUGCUAAGAAGGUGAAAUUAGAAGAGCUUUACAAAGAACUGAAGACAAACUGUGCGCGAAGAAAAAUUCAGUUGACGGAUGCUAUCAAAUAUCAUGCCUUUGUACAACAAAUUGAAAAUCUGGACAAAUGGUUGCAAGAGAAAUUGGAAAUAACGAAGCUAGAUAAUUAUGGUCGAGAUCUUGAGGAAUGUCAAAAACUGAUGGCCGAAUUUGAGCAAGUUGUAAGAGAACUGACUUCAGCAGGCGAACGAGUCGCUACAGUUCAAAGAACUCAGGAAGAACUUCUUCGAAAUGGGCAUCCGUUUAGCGCUUCGAUUAAAGCGAAGGGUAGCGAUCUUCAGCAGUUGUGGUCUGUGGUAAACGAAGCUGCGACAGAACGGCAGCAGGCUUUUGAAGGAGCUCUUCAGGUACACAAAUUUGACGAAGAUGCUGAUGAAACUCUUGGGUGGCUGGAACAGAAAGAGGCCCUCCAGGUAGCUAUGGAGAGUGAAGAUAUAUCACGAGCAGAUUUGCCAGUUUUAAAACAACUGCUGACGAAGUAUCAUGAAUUUAUGCACGGAGUUAGCGCAGUUGAGAAGCAGGUGAAUGAUCUUUGUGAAGAAGCGAAACGUUUGGUCUCGUUAUAUCCAGAUACGAAGGAGCAUGUUGAGGUUCGUCGGCUGCAAAUGCAGGAACAACUGAAAGAUGUUGUACAAUCAGCAAAUAACUAUUUUGAAAAGUUGCAACAAAUGCAGAACCUACAGUCAUAUUUUCAAGAAUACAGAGAUUUUAUCGCCUGGAUCAGCAGGCUGAAAAAUACAAUCGAAAGUGAGACAUUGCCUCGUGAUGUUCCGGGUUGUGAAGCUUUAAUGUUACGGCAUACUGAGUAUUAUCAGGAGAUUCAAGGUCACCAGUCCGCAGUUGAUGAGUUCUUACGGCAAGGCAAAGCAAUGAUUGCUUCACAACAUGUUUUGUCAGCUGAGAUCUCCGACAAGGUGACUAGGUUAUCGAAGGAGUUUGAAAGACUGAAGGAAACAUGGAAGGAAAGACAAACGCUGUACGAAAUCAAUGCCGAUGUUCAGCAAUGGAUGAGCGAUGCAAAUAUGUUAGACGCUUGGUUAAAUGCGAAAGAAGCAUUUUUAAACGAAGAGUGGCUCAAAGUCGAAAGUGUGGAUGAUGCUGACAAUAGAAUUAGGUUUCUUUUGAGAAGCCGAUUAAUAAAGCUGAAUUUGAUUAAACUGAGUUUCCUUUGGAUGAAGAGUGUAGACAGAGCAUUUUUUACAGGAAUUUCGACGACUUUUUGGCCGGAGCCACAGAAGGAAACUAUUAAGACGUUUGAAAAGCAGAAUAAAUUACAAGAUAGAAGGAAGGAGAGAGAAAGAAGAAUGACUCAAGAAAUUUCAUUGCUUAAGCCUAGUCCUUCAUUUACCGAUGAUGCCAGUCCUUCCAUUAACGAUUAUCUUUUGAUUCUGGACACUUUUUGGAGUCUCACCGUGAGCGAAACGUUUCCUAAGACAAGCGUUUUUUGGUUUCAGAGCGGAGGAAAAAGGGCAACGAUUAGGACGUGGAAGCGGUACUACACAAUUUUAUGCGGACAGUUGUUAUGCUUUUUCAAGGAUGAGGAGUCGUUUCGGGAUAAUUCAGCCGCUGCGGCCCCUGUAAAUAUACUGAAUGCCGUUUGCAAUGAGUGUCCGGAGUAUGCGAAAAAAAGGAAUACUUUUAGGCUCAAGAUCCAAGAUGGCUCCGAAUACUUAUUUGCUUGCGCGGAUGAAAAGUUAAUGCAAGAGUGGAUAGCAAGAAUCCAAUUUCACGCUUCUUUGACACCAUCGCAACAGCUACGUAGUUUUGACAAGGUUGUUUGUGCAGCCAUAAUAAAUUAUUCUACAAAAUUUUAA